GGUAAUAGUAUUGUGACAGCAAAUCCGACAAAUCCAACAGCUGGACCAACAACAACAGUACCCACAGGAACAGCAGCAACAACAACAGCACCCACAGGAACAGCAGCAACAACAACAGCACCCACAGGAACAGCAGCAACAACAACAGCACCCACAGGAACGGCAGCAGUAACAACAAAACCUACAAGCCAACCGUUACCAAAUACAAUCUUGGCAUCAUCUAUACGUAUUGAAGACGUGAUGCAUCAUCUUGAUGACUUACAGAUUAUAGCAACUAAUGCAGAUGGUAAUCGAGCCAUUCAUACACGUGGAUUUAAUGAAACACUUGAUUACAUUUAUAAUGUUCUUAAACUUAAUACAAAUUAUAAUAUUACACAAAGUUUUUUUCCAGUGAGAGACAGUACCCUUGCCAGUAAUCCAGUUUUACUGAUUUCAAUUAAUGAUGCCAUACAGAACUAUACAUACUCAACCAAUCUAGCAAUAGCUGAUUUUACUGUAGCAAGAUUCUCAACAUCACUAGAUUUAACAGAUUAUGUUGCCAUUACUGUUAUUCCUAAUCUGGGUUGUGAUGACACAGAUUGGGAAAAUAAUAAUAUGUCAGUGGCUGGACAAGUAGCAUUAGUUAAACGAGGUAAUUGCACGUUUGUUAAAAAAGCCCAACAAGCGUCAAAAUACAAUGUUACUGCUCUUUUCAUAUAUAAUGAUGGUGCACCUGGUAAUGUAAGACCUAUGUCUAUUAGUGUUGGUGAGGCAAAUGAAAUACCAGUACUCUCUCUUUCUUAUACUCUUGGUCAGGAACUUGCUGAUGCUGUUCAAGAUCCAGCAAACAACGUCACAGCACUUAUCAAUAUUAAUCUACUCAACGACAAGCCAUUACCAGUAGGUAAUAUUUGUGCUGAUACACCUUCCGGUGAUCCUGCUCAAACUAUUGUUAUUGGAAGUCAUAGUGACAGUGUACCUGCUGGUCCUGGUAUUAAUGAUAAUGGUAGUGGUAGUGCAGCUAAUCUUGGUCUUGCUAUUGCUUUAGCUCGACUAUUUCAAACACCUAACUAUCCUGAAUAUAAAUAUCGUAUUCGAUUUUGCUGGUGGGGUGCUGAAGAAGUUGGACUUCUUGGUUCCAAUUUUCAUGUCAGACAAGCAAAGAAUGCCACAACUGUUGGUGAGCGACUUCAAGAUUAUUUAAUUAAUCUUAAUUAUGAUAUGCUUGGAUCACCUAAUUAUAUCUUUGGUAUUUAUGAUGGUCAAACAGCAAAUAAUGACACUCCAUCUGAAGCCCGUCCAGGUAGCGAUAAAAUCACUGCUCUCUUUCGUGAUUGGUUUGAUACACAAAAGUUACCUUGGAAUAAUACUGAUUUUAGUGGUCGAAGUGAUUACGGUCCCUUUUUAGCCGAAGGUAUAGUUGCUGGUGGUCUAUUUACUGGUGGUGACGAUGUCAAAGAUCAACAAACACGUGAUUAUAUGGACCAAAUGCUUGGUCAAGGAAUGGGUGGUAUUGCUGGUGCUGACUAUGAUCCAUGUUACCACAAGGCUUGUGAUUCGAUUCAAAAUAUAAAUGAAUUUGCAUUUGAGAAAAUGAUGCAAGCAGCUGCUUAUGCUUUAGAAAGUUUAGCUCGACAAGAUAAUCUAACACAAUGGCUUUAUCCAAAUGGUAGAUCUACACGUUCUAAUAAUGAAUCACCACAACGAAAAUAUGACUCUAUAAAUGAAUAUUUUGGCAUGCCUUAUUUAUAG